CUACAUUAUCCACAUCCCUCUCAAAACCUUCUCAUCUACAAUCAAAUACCCACCUCCAUCGCUUUCCUUUUUAUCCAUUUUGAAAACCUUGAAACACUUCCAAACGAUAAGAACAAAAGGGUAUUGAAACAGGAACAUCAAUAUAGUUUCGACACCAUCACGCAACCACCACCUCUAUUCACGUCCGUAAUGCACUACGACUCGCCAGGAGAAGUCGGGUCGUCGCCGGAAGAAGUCGAGGCUCGUCGGAGCCGUACGGAAUCUGACGGAACUCUUUUCUUUUGUUCGGACAUCACCUCCUCUUCGUUUCGCACUGAUUCUUGUCGGAAGCCAGCCGGAGACCGACGGACAUCGCAACGGGGAUCAUUCUAUCAUGUUCGACCUCGACGAGACACGAAAACAUCGCCGAAAAACCCAAGCAUCGCCGGAGAAUCGGCGAAGACGACGGGAGUUACUCGUACACAGUUUCGGAUAACUUCUCUCGUUCGUUCUCUUGGAAUUACUCAAUCUUUACUCGUGCGUUAUUUCAAGGGAUCUUCAAAUGCAACUAUGGUGGAUGUCGACGAUGCAUGGAAUUUAGUAGGAUGCUUAGAUACACACUUAAAAAGAAUUGUAUUCAUAUUGUAUUAUUUUAUUAUUCACGUUAUUGUAUUUGUUUCAAAAGCCUUGUAAUUGAUCCUUUAGAAAUGGAAUGAAAUGAUUAUUUAAAUACU